UGUCGGCGUGAGAUUGAGAGAACGGACAAAACACAAAUAAUGGCUGUUUGGUUCUACUUUACACGUAAAGAGAGAGGGAAAAUGGGAGAGGGAGAGGGAGAGAAGAGAGGUGCAUUAAAGUGAGGAUGAGAAGCUGCAGAAGAUACAAUCUGGAGAUGGGUUUGUCAUCUCACACUUUUCUCCUCUUUUAGGUUUCUCCGGUGAGUUCAUCUUUUUCCAUUCCGCUCUACACAUAUGUUACGGUUUGUAGCUGUUCGUUCUGUUUUUUGCUUUCUUUUUUGAUUAUUGACAGUAAGAUUGAGGAAAUCAGUGAGUCUUUUACAAUCGAAGAAUUGGAUGCUUUUGAAAUUUGGACGGGUAUCGAUUUACAGCUUCGGUGAAUGUUUUCCCGGAAAAUCUUUCUGAGAAAAUAUAUAUUUUCGGAGCAAAUAUUCGGUCAGGUCCGAUCUUUCUGGACCUUUUGCUUAGUAAUUUAUCGGAAUACCAGCCCGGUCUACUAGGUUUGAUACGGCAGCGACUUCAAACCACACCGUUUGAAGAGAUUCCUCCACAUUUGUCUGAUGGAUUUCCCUGUUGCCUCUCGCUAUUGCCGUCUCCAGAGAGAUAGAGAGAUAGAUUAGAGAGUUGUCAACGAACAAAGCUCAAGGCUCUUCGAUCUCGAUCUCUCUAAGCCAGCAAUGAACUUCCACUCACACUCAGCAAGAUGCACGAAUUCUCCACAGCUGAUGGUUUUCUAGAGAUAACUGAAAGUUUGGCAGAGAUGAUAAAGUAUGUGGCUAAUGAACCCUCAGUGGGGCUUUUCUACAUCCAACAGCACGCCCAAAAUGCCAUUCCCAAUCUUAUAAACACGAAGAAUAAUGUUGUGGAGAAAGCUCAAGAGAUGACUUUACAUACUGAAGAUUUGGAGGAUUCUAUCACAGUGGUGAGGUCUAUGAAAGAGUGUGGCUAUCCUAUUGCUGAUGAGAUGAUCCAAGACAUCACCAAAUCCCUAGCUAUCAUGUCAACCAAACAUCCAAAGAAGGGGUUGCUCAGUACUUCAAGUUUUGGUUUUCAAAUGGGAAGAACGAGCUCUUGGGGCGGCCCUGAUUCUGCUUACACACAGCAAUAUGGCGAAAGAACUGGUAAUUAUCUGUCAUCAGUACUAAAGUCUGCAAAAGAACGGGCGAGCAAUUUCAAGUGGCCUCAAUUUGAUAAUAAACAAUCAACGCGAAACAAGGGUGAGAGACCUGUGUCUUUUCCUACACCUCCUUUUCCGGUUGCAGCUGCAAGCACCAGUUCUACUCUGCUAGAUGCAGGACGUGAUGAAUUGCCCAUUUCAAGUGAGACUCUGGAUGAAUCACAAGAAGAAUUUGCAGUCGAAGGGAGCUGCUUGUCGGACCAUGAACUGCUUUCUGUAUCAGAAAACUACGAAGAAUUUAGAGCCGAUAAAGAAGCAAAACUGGAGAAGUGGUUGGGAGGUGCCAACGGUCAGAGCAGCGCCUUGGGAGGAAGAGGAACUACUGAUGCAGGACGACCUUAAGCUUGGCAGUGUUUUUGAAUGCUGCAGUAGAGGCCCGGGCCUUGCUGUACUUUGUAAAUGAUAAUUUUUGUACUGUUGUUUGUUGAAGUUUUAUUUCCAAGUUUGAUUUUAGAAGCAUCACUACUAGUAGGAUCAUGUUCUUGAAUCCUGAUAGAGAUAAUCACACCAAUAUUGCUGUUUCUCUCAGAUUCUGACUUGGAUCCUGAAUGCAGGAACUUCUUUACUUUAAUUUUUGUUUUUCCUUAGUUGUU